CUUGGUGUCCAUUUGGCACUUACUCUUAUUUCUUGUUCAAUAUUUUACUUAGAGGCUCCUGUUACUAUAAAAACCUACACACAACUCUGGAAUAGAGUAGCUUUUAGCACUCUACAGUUCAGAACUUAUUUGCACUUAUUUCAACUAUUGAAAUCACCUUUGCUUGCCCUUAACCUUAUUUCUAUUGUUAUUUAG